CAAUCGGGCCUUUACACUCUAUCGCUUGGUGCUUAAUAAAGAAGGAGGGUGGAGAGAAAGAGAGAGAGUUAGAGGAAGCACCCUCUCCCCCCCCAAUGGAAUUUACAAAGUUUUGCAACUGCUCGCAAAAGGCAGAGUGUCUCUCAGCUUGUCACAGCAAUUGCUGAUAAAAUACCCGUCGUCUCUUCCAAACUGCGUGUGUGUCCUUGGAAAGAUGAACAGAAGGUCGGUUGAACUUGAAGCGGAUGCAGACGGACAUGCAACCCAUCAAAGUCCGCCAAGCUUCCCCACAAACAAGAAGGUGGAACUGGGGAAGAAAGUGACGUUGCUCUCUGGGAUUUCUGUCAUCGCCGGGGUCAUCAUUGGAGCGGGGAUCUUCAUCUCCCCAAAGGGAAUCCUCAAACACUCAGGCAGUGUUGGAAUGUCUCUCAUCGUGUGGAUCGCUUGUGGUGUGCUUUCACUCUUUGGAGCCUUGUCCUACGCUGAGCUGGGAACUAGCAUUCAGAAAUCUGGUGGGCAUUACACGUACUUACUGGAGGCUUUUGGCCCACAUGUGGCUUUCAUUAGUCUAUGGGCUGAUCUCACAGCUAUCAGGCCUGCAGGGAUGGCAGUCAUUUCUCUGGCAUUUGGUCAGUACAUCCUGGAGCCUUUGUUCAUGCCCUGUGGUGUUCCACCUAUGGCUGUCAAACUGACCACAGCCAUUGGAAUCACUUCAGUAAUGUACACUAACAGUAUGAGUGUGACAUGGACAGCUAGGAUUCAAAUCUUCCUUACCGUCUGCAAGCUGGUGGCCCUCAGCAUCAUCAUUUUUCCUGGGCUAUACCAUUUCUUCACAGGGGAGACCCACAACUUUGAGAAUGCCUUUGAUCUACACAAUGUGAAGUUGUCUUCUUUGCCUCUGGCCUUCUACUCUGGGAUGUAUGCAUACGCUGGGUGGUUCUAUCUCAAUUUUGUCACAGAGGAAAUUGAUAAUCCUGAGAGGACGGUGCCCUUGGCCAUCUGUAUCUCCAUGGCGAUUGUGACGACCUUCUAUGUGCUGAUUAACGUGGCGUACUACACCGUGAUGUCAGCCGACGAGCUCCUGGCCUCAGAGGCAGUUGCUGUGACGUUUGCAAAUAAAUUGAUGGGGGAUUUCUCGUUAGCAGUGCCAGUAUUUGUGGCCAUGUCAUGCUACGGAUCCAUGAAUGGUUGCCUCUUGGCCCUGUCAAGGACGUUUUUGGUUGCGUCACGUGAAGGACAACUACCUCAGGUUUACUCCAUGAUUCACCUCCGCAGAAACACCCCAAUAGCUGCCGUCCUCAUACUGUAUCCACUGACCAUCCUCCAGCUGUUUGUGGGAGACAUCUACAGUCUGUUGAACUUCAUGAGCUUCCUGCGGUGGCUAAAGAUUGGUGUGGUCGUGUUCGGUUUAGUCUACCUUCGAUACACCCAACCCGACCUCCCACGUCCCUUUAAGGUUCCGAUCUUCGUCCCAGUGGUGUUUGGCCUUACUUGUUUCUUCAUGGUCUUCCUCUCUCUGUACUCGGACCCAGUCAACACUGGAACUGGAUUUGCCAUUUCUCUGACAGGGGUCCCAGCCUACUACAUAUUCGUUCGCUUCAACUGUAAGCCUAAGUGGUUGCAGAGGGCUUUAGAUUGGAUCAACAGAACCAUACAGAUUCUCCUGGAGGUGGUUCCUGCUGACCAAUAACUGCUUGACCAUCCCACAAUAACUCUUUAGACUCAGAUACUGGAACUACUGUAUCAGGAUCCCGAUUGAUAUGGAUGUUUUGGGCUGAUGUGAUAUUCGGGAAUAAAAAAUUCCAACAAACGUUAUAUCGGCCGAUUCGAUUUUUACAGUUUUCAAUUUAAAAAAAAUAAGGAAAUAGCUUGAAUAAUGGCUUUGAACCCUUCUUACAAAGAUUUAAAUAGAUACUAUUUUCAGAUACUUCUAUUGUCAGAAAUUGUGUUGCAAAAGCAGCGUAUGAACAAUUUGGACAUAUAAUAAAUCAAAAAUAUGAUGUGUAAAAGGGUCGUAAAAUAUUCAUUCAAAGGCUGUAUGAAAGAAUCCACUUACUUUCACAUGGCCCCUCACUAGGCCAAAAAGUACAACUUAUUUAGCAAAUAUCUAUUCUAUAAUGGAUAUAUUCGGCCAAAAUGGCCAUUAAAUUAACUGAUUUAAUAGGCGGACCGAUUAUGUAAUCGGUGGGUCUUAUUAUUCCUUUCUAAGAAAAACGCUAUAUACAAUAGUCCCUCGUUUAUUGCAGUUAAUUGGUUCCAGACCCACUGUGAUAACUUAAUUUCUGCGAAGUAGGAUUCCUGUUUUAUAAAUGGAAUAUUUUCAUAGUCAAUAGAAAACCUGUUUACAACAUUCUAAAUAGUUUUUAACCUUAUUAUAGCCCUUUAGGUAUAAAAUAACAUCACUAUAGAGACCAUUACACUCCUAUUACCCAAUAUAGUAGACAUUAUAAGAGAAAUUGAGCUAUUUAAGACCUAAAUAUUUGUGCUUGUGUGUGUUUCUGUAAAUGUUUUCCAGUGCUCAGGGAGCUGAGUGGAGGGCGAACAAGAAGUGAUAUUGGGGGUUCAGAACUGAGUUUUAGUUUGCCAUGUGUUACGACCGCAACAGUGGCCCGUGUUAGGGAUUAUUGUGUCUGUUGGGAGAUAAUUCAAACCUGCAAUAAAAGAUAGAUAGACAGAUAGAUAGAUAUAUAGCUAGAUAGCUAGAUAGAUAGCGAGAUAGAUAGAUAGCUAUCUAGAUACUUUAUUGAUCUCCAAGAGAAAUUCAAGCCUUUUGUUCUGGAGAUCAAGUCUGGUGCUUGUGUGUCUCACCAAACAUUACAGUAAUAUUACUGAGAACUAGUGACCAGUGUAGAAUUCUACAUAUCACGUCUCUGAAUACGUCUUCUGAAUGCCUUAUAUUUGUAUUUUAAUUCAUUUUGCCAUUUUAAUGACUGAAAAUGAUAUUCAUUCAUUUUGGCAAAGUAUGUGUACAAUGUGGUUAAAUAUGCAUAUUUUUGUACUAAUAAUAUAAAUGGUUCAUUAUAUAAAAAAAAACGGUGUUACAGUGAAGCCGCAAAAUGAUGAGAAGCGGGGAGAGAUUACUGUACCUCCAUUUUAUUAGUGAAAGAUAAAUGUUAACAUUGGCGCCGGCUUUGGUCAUUCAUUCAUUUUCUAUGCUGCUUGUCCUUGCUUUUGGUCAAUUACUGAUUAUUUUCUAAUGGCUGUGAUUGCCCAAUUCAAUCGGGCGGCAGUUUAAUCAGUUGGACCCUACCGUACAUCGUCAUAUAAAUUCAGUAAAAAGGAAAAGAUUCAAAGGAGAGAUUUGUACAACUACGAGUCAAUUAGUUUGUGUGUUUUUGUGCAUCAGUCGUAUCCCAUGUUGUUAUUUGCAACAGCCUUCAUUAUGCAUUAUCUUUUACUGAACCAUGUAUACGUAUUGCACCUAUACAAUGUUUUUAUGA